AUGCCGGAGGAGGACCUGGUUGAGCUUAAGUUCCGUCUCUAUGACGGAUCGGAUAUUGGUCCGUUCCGCUACUCACCCGCAUCCACAGUGGCAAUGCUCAAGGAGAGAAUCGUAGCUGAGUGGCCUAAAGAUAAAAAAAUUGCACCAAAAGGAGCCAACGACAUAAAAUUGAUAAAUGCUGGGAAGAUUUUGGAAAACAACAAGACUGUUGGUCAGUGUAGAGCACCAUUUGGAGAGCUUCCAAGAGGAAUUAUCACCAUGCAUGUUGUUGUUCAGCCUUCUGUAACAAAAGCAAAAACAGCAGCCAAAAUGUUUUGCCCUGGUCACGGCUGGUUUGUUACUGGCGAGGAGGGACACUGCCUACUUUUUGUCUUGUUCAAUACCAUGAACUUCAAGUGGACUAUUGUUGUCCUUAACACCACCAAAGAAUAG